GAACUUCACAGCAGCAGCAGACGCAGCAGCAGACGCAGGCAGAUAUGGUUAGUUCCACCAUGCUGGUUUUCUGUGUGUGUAUGUUGUUGGUGAGUGUGUGUCAGGCCAUCCAAUUGGCAGGACUGAUCCAGUCUCCCGGUUUUCCAUACGGAUAUGGCUCCAAUGAGUCUGAAACGUGGAAACGUUGCGCUCCGCCAGGUCAUGUCCUCGUCCUCACGGUGCUGCACCUGGACCUGGAGGAAAGCUUCGAGUGCGAGAACGACUUCCUGGAGGUAUCUGAGCACGGCCCCCUGGCUAAGUUGUGUGGCAGAAAGACGCCUGAGGAGUUGAGGUCUGUCGAGCUCCGCUCGUCCUCCGGAGGCUGUCUCAACAUCACCUUCCAUUCUGAUUACUCCAACACGGAGAGGCACACGGGCUUCAAGCUGUUUUACACAACACGAGAUGUUAAUGAAUGCUGGGAAAACACUGUGAUGUGUUCACAUUUUUGUCAUAACUACAUCGGAGGGUACAGCUGCACCUGCAAACCAGGUUACUACCUCGAUGAAGACCAACAUGAAUGUCAUGCCGAAUGCACAGAGCAGCGGCACGGCCCCGGAGUGUUAACGUCUCCCGGAAGUCCGGGGCCGUACUUCGAGAACGCCAAUUGUUCCUACCGUCUCUCUGUGAAUGAAGGAGAGCAACUGUGGUUCAAAUUCACCGGCGUGUUUGACGUGGAAAGCAGACACGGACGAUGCGUCGACUUCGUCAAAAUCAAGACGGACAGGGAGACGUUUGGACCGUUUUGUGGCAAAGAGAAACCCGCCGACAUCCUGGCCACAUCCCAGCGUGCUGAAGUCAUCUUCUACUCGGACCUGGAGGGAACGAAUCAGGGCUUCACGCUCAAGUACAACGCAAAAGGAAUGGAAUGUUCUGGAAAAGUGACGCCGGACGCCAUCGUGUCUCCAGAGAGAGAUCAGUACAAAGUGGGCGACUCGAUCCUGGUGCAGUGUGUGACGGGAUACGCUUUAUCCGACGGUGAUGAUGAUAACUUCGAGUCCACGUGUCAGUUAAACGGGGAGUGGAAACCCAAAUACAGCUGUGAACCGGUGGAUUGUGGACUUCCUGACCUUCCAGAGCUGAUGAAGCUGACGGAGGAAAAUCCAGAGACCACAUACCAGCACAAAAUCAGUGUUAGCUGUUCUAAAGAGUUCUACAAACUGGAAGGAAAUGCCAACUUCACCUGUCAAGCUACAGGAGAAUGGGUGGCUGAAAACGGAGAGAUCCUUUCAGAAGAAUCACCGCAGUGUGUCCCAGUGUGUGGCAUAACUAAAUCAUCUGCUGGUGGUAGAGUAUUUGGGGGACAAGAUGCCAAACUGGGUGAAGUUCCCUGGCAGCUCCUGGCUCGAUAUCCUCGAGGAGGUGCAUCUCUAAUAAACGAUCGGUGGGCCAUCACGGCCGCUCAUGUGGUGGAAAACAAGAAAACGAUGACUUUCAUGGGAGGGAUGGUCAACAUAAAUGACAAAAACGCGUUCCACAUGGAAACUGAGGCGAUAAUAAUUCACCCUGACUAUAAAAAAGAUACCUACGAUAAUGACAUCGCCUUGGUGAAGAUGUCUUCUCGGGUUCCUCUCAGCAGAAAUCUCUUGCCCGUGUGCCUUCCAAAGACAAAAACCGACGGACCAGCAAUGGAGAAUAGAAUGGGGACGAUCUCUGGGUUUGGUGCAACAGGAGAAACGGUGCGAUCUGAGAUCCUGCAGUAUGGACACGUGACAGAAUUUCCAGGUGUCUGCGUUGAAACUAAACUGGUCGUCACUAAUAACAUGUUCUGUGCUGGUGGGAAAGACAACAACUUGGACAGCUGUAAAGGAGACAGCGGGGGUCCGCUCGUCAUUCCCAUGUUGGGGUACGGAUCUGCCGAAACACCUUACCGCCUCAAGGGGAUAGUUUCGUGGGGUCCUGAACUAUGUGGGAAAGAGUAUAAAAAAGGUUAUUAUACCAAAGUGGAGAAUUACCUGCAGUGGAUUAGUGACACCAUGAAAAACAACUAAAUUUUUAAUAUGAUUGGGUGAUUUAAGAGAAAUUCUACAGCAUUCACUUCAAAUUAUAUUUGUGAGAAGUUUAGAUGUAAUAAAAACAUUUCAAAUGAUA